AUGCAGAAGCGGAGCCAGGGGCUGGACCCGCUCCCACCCCCGGCCCGAGGGACUCGGCCCCGGCCCCCGCAGCCCAGCGCAGGGAAGCACGGCGGUCACCCAGAGCCAAACCCUUCUCCCUUUCCCUCCGUCCCUCCUCCCCAGCCCUCGCCCUGCCGCGCCGCCGCCGCUCCCGCCGAGGCGGGGACGCCUCGCUGUGCCCGCCUGUGCACACGCGGUGCCGGCACCACCGCCCGGAGCCCCCGCGCCCCUCCACGCCGCCACGGUCGACUGGAAAGGCCACGCGGCAGCGGCUCUCGGCGAGACCCGCCGCUCUCGCAGAAGGCAAUAAACUUAACCCGAGCGGACAGCGCUGGAGCCCCCGCGGCGGCUCCUCCUCGGGCAGCCGUGCCGCGCCGCCGGACAGGAGCGGCGGGGCCGCGGGCGGCAGCACCUUUGCGGCGGGGCAGUGCCCGGGCAGCCGCCUGCCGCCCCCGUGGAACAAAAGCCCGAUGCCAGGGCUGCUCUUCACGGAGCCCGGCGCCUCUCCCUCCCAGCGCGCACCCCGCCUUACCCAGCCCGCAGCCGCGACGGGCUCCCCCGGACGCCCGGCUCAGCGCUGCCCCCGCGCCUCCUCUGCGCAGAGCGGCCGCUGCCGCCGCCCGCCUGACAGGAGGCAGCAGCAGCCGCCGCCGCGUCGCCUCAACGCCAUUGCAGGCAGCGGCAGCAGCGGCGGCGGCAGCGGGGCACGGACACGGCUCCGCGCACACCCGCGGCGGCGGCGCGGGGGAGGCUGAGGAGCCGCGCCCGCCGCAGCCGCGCUCCCGCCGCCGCCCGCCUCGCCACCCCGCCGCGCCCGCCGCGCCCCCGCCGCGGGACGCGCCCCGAGCCGCCGCCACCGCCCGCCUAGCCCGUCCUGGUGCACUGCAUGACCCCAGCACAGGCUCUGGCUACCUGCGGACAGGGGUACGGGAGGAGGUCCAGGGGAUUUGGGAUGCCCUGCGGGCUUCUGAGAGUGGCCAUGCCAAACCAUGCUAG